AUGCCAACUACAAGAUCGGGUUCGACGCAGUCUAAGACUGCAGGAAAUAGUUCGUCGUCGGACUGGGGUAUGAGCGAUACUGCAAGCUCCGCCGCUACGAGUAUCGCAAGUAGGUCGACGCUCACGAAGAAGACGCCGACAACAAGUCCGAAAGGAAGCCGGGCCCCCGUACCCCAGUCCAAGGACGCCACCAGGAGGGAAUCAACGUCAGCAGAGGCGGUACGCCCCGCCCCCCUGACACACGCCGCCGCGAAAGAGGUUGAAGUUUCAAACCCCGCACGUCAAGAAGGCAGUCAUACUACGCUACAGAAUCCAAAUCGAAGCGUUGGAAUCAAGACGUUGUCGAGAGAAGGGACUCUGCAGCAGCUUGAUCCUGGGAACCCGGCCCGGGACAGGGACACAAUGUCUGCUCGCUCUUCGCAUAGGAAGAGAGCAGAAGCGCAAGCAAGAUUGACUGUGGCGUUACGGGAGCAAGAAAUGGCGGAAGCACGACUAAGAGUGGCGCAAGCACAACUAGACCUUGUCGCCGUUGAGUCGGAAGAUGAAGAUGAAGACGGAGCUGGUGAAGAAAUAUACGAGCGAACUCAUGAAGUGGAACAGUGGUUCAUCCAAACCAGCGCCGGGUCAAGCAAGGAACAGAGGCCGAUCGAGUCACAAGAUAAGAAGAGCGACAUUCAGAAGCUGGCAGAAGCAAUAGGCAAGCUGUCCGGGAAUUCGCGUGACGUCAUCGCGCCGAAGUACAUUGAACUUCCUUACUUCAAUGGAGCCUGUGAAGAAUGGUUGGAGUUCAGAAGGACGUAUGAAGAUACGGCUGCCUCCUUCAGCGCCGCACAGAACCUGGCUCGCCUCAGAAGAGCCAUACAGGGGAAAGCGAAAGAAGCAGUUCAGAGUUUACUGUUUACCGCUGAGAAGCUCCAUGAAGUAAUCAAGGGAUUGGAAUCAAGAUAUGGAAGACCUGGUGCACUGUCUUUAGCUGAGUUGGAAAAACUGAAGAACUUGUCGAAAGUGAGCGAAAGUCCUGGCGAGAUCUGCGUGUUUGCAAGUCGAGUCAAGAACGCCAUCGAGACAAUCAAGGCAUUGAAGAAACCUCAGUACCUCAGCUCACCUGAAACAUUGAAAGCUAUUGUAGACAAGAUGCCACCCACCAUGAAGUUUCGUUGGUUCGCCUAUCAUAGGGGUCGGAGAGAUGAAGACAUUCAGGAACUUUUACUCAUUGAAGAAUUCCUAGAUAUUGAAGCCGACAUGUGUGGGGACUUUGCCCCACCUGAAGUUCCAUCUGAUAAGAAGAGUUCAAGAAGACCUGUACACACUGUACAAGAAGAGUCUCAAGAUAAGAAGUUUAAGAAGUCGUGUCCCGUUUGUGAAGAGGAACAUUUUGCAACAGAGUGCAAGAAGAAGUGUCGAAGAUGGCAUCACACUAUCUUACACUCGGACAAGCCAGAAGUACAGAAGUCAAGCAAGGCAAACCACAACAAUAAGGAUGAAGACGGACCAUAUUUGAAGAUUGUUCCGGUGCAACUCUACGGGCCCAAGGGACAAGUUCGUGUGCUCGCGUUGUUGGACGAAGGGUCGACCGUCACUCUCUUAGACGCGUCGAUAGCCGAGAAGAUUGGAGCUGCAGGAAGUCGCGAAGCACUUACAAUCGAAACCGUCGGCGGGAAGGUCAUAAGGAAAGAUAGCUCACAGAAGAUCAACUUGAAGAUUAAGGGGGUUCACAGAAGGGAUAAGAAGAAUAUCACUGUUAGAACCAUCGACGAUCUGAAGCUAUCUGAACAAAGGGUCAACAGGAGCACUGUAAAGAAUUGCCUACACUUGAAGACAAUUGAAAGGCAGUUGCUCUACGACGCAGAGCGACCGAAGUUGUUGAUUGGGCAAGACAAUUGGGGACUCAUAGUCACAAGAAAACUGAAGAAGGGCAAGCCAACUGAACCCGUAGCCUCACUCACACAUUUAGGGUGGGUGCUACAUGGGUGUGAAACCGGAUCGAACGCCGUAGUCAACUUUACGCAUUACGGCAGGGCAACGUCAGAAGGUGAAGACAUUGAAGAAGUCGUCCGGGAACAUUUUCAGUUAGAGUCUCUGGGGAUUCAAAAUCGACUGCCAUCGAACGACAGCGAUAGAAGAGCAUUGGAAACCUUAGAGAAAACAACGAAGCGACUACCAAGCGGUCAAUUCAAAGCAGGCCUCUUGUGGAAGAAGGAAGGCGAGACCCUACCCAACAACUACAAUCAAGCGUUUCGUCGCCUGGUCAACAUAGAGAAGAAGCUGGAUCGUGAAGAAGAUGUCAAGAAAUAUUAUGAGAAGCAGAUCCAGACAUUAAUAGAAAAUGGUUACGCCGAGAAGGCCCCUGUAACCACCACUAAGGGGAAAACAUUCUACUUACCUCACUUCGCCGUCGUACACCCGGUCAAGAGGAAGCCAAGAAUUGUUUUCGUCGCAGCAGCCAAGUAUGAAGGAAGAAGCCUCAACGACGCAUUGCUAGCAGGACCUGACUUGCUGCAGUCGCUAUUUGGGGUGCUACUGCGCUUUAGAGAAGGCAUAGUAGCGGUCAUGGCUCACAUACAAGACAUGUUUCUUCGUGUCAAAGUUAAGGAAGAUGACCGCGCUCGCAACAGAGCUGUCUGGUAUCCGGUGAUGUAA